UUAAAAUGGGAAAUUCAAAGCAAAUUCUCUGAUGGAGACGCUUGAUUCUUCAGGACCUGAAUGUCAUCGGUUUGUGGACAUGGAAGCAGAAAGCGUUGCUCAUAGUGAAGAGAAACUGUGGAAGUGUGAAGAUUGUGAGAAAGGAUUUGAUUAUCCAUCUAAACUGGAAACACAUCGGCGCAGUCACACCGGGGAGAGGCCAUUCACCUGCUCAGAAUGUGGGAAGGGAUUCAGUGAUUCCUCUUCCCUGCAGAAACAUCAGCGAGUUCACACUGGAGAGAGGCCAUUCACCUGCUCCAAAUGUGAGAAGGGAUUCACUCAGCUUGCUCACCUGCUGAAACAUCAACGUGUUCACACUGAUCAGAGACCUUUUAAAUGUCUGGAAUGUGGGAAGUGCUUUAAACAUUCUGGGGACCUGAUGUCCCAUCAACGUGUUCACACUGAUGAGAGACCAUUCAGGUGCUCUGAAUGUGGGACUGGAUUCAGGCAGUCAUCAGACCUCACAGUACACCAGCGAGUUCACACAGGAGAGAAACCAUUCACCUGCCCUGAGUGUGAGAAGGGAUUCACGACUUCAUCUAACCUACUGAGACACCAGCGUGUUCACACCGGGGAGAGACCAUUCACCUGCUCUGAAUGUGGGAAGGGGUUCACUCAGUCAUCCAACCUUCAGUCACAUCAGCAAAUUCACACUGACGAGAAACUGUUCAGAUGCUCUUACUGUGGAUCUGGGUUCACAGGACCGUCUCAACUCCGUGUACACCAGCGAGUUCACACUGGCGAAAGGCCAUUCAUCUGCCUUCAGUGUGGGAGAGGAUUCGCUCAGUCCUGUAACCUGCUGAGACACCAGAGAGUUCACAGCGGAGAGAAGCCGUUCACCUGCACAGAGUGUGGGAAAGGAUUCACUCAGUCAUCCCAUCUGCUGAUACACCAACGUGUUCACACAGAUGAGAGACCAUUCAGGUGCACACACUGUGGUGUUGGUUUCAGGCGAUCAUCGCAACUCAUUGAACACCAGUACAUUCACACUGGGGAGAAGCCAUUCACCUGCUCAGUCUGUGGGAAGGGAUUCAUUCGGUCAUCCCAUCUGCUGACACACCUGCAAGUUCACAAGGGGGAGAAACCAUUCAUCUGCUCCACGUGUGGGAACAGAUUUGCUCAAGCAUCCAACCUGUUGACACACCAGCGAACUCACACUGCAGAGAGGCCUUUUUAAAUGCCAGGACCAUAAGAAGUGCUAUAAAAACUCCAGCAAAUUGAUUCAAUGUGUUCACACUGGGGAGAGACCAUUCAUCAGUUCCAUAUGUCGGGAGAUUCAAUCAGUCAUCCAAUCUACUGACACACCAACAGGUUCAUACUGACAGGAGACCUUGUAAAUGCCCAGAUUGUGGGAAGUGAUAUAAAAGUACUGAAGAACUGUUGCAUCAUUAACGUAUUCACACGCGAUGAGAAACCAUUCGGGUGCUCACAAUGUUUUGCCUGGGUUCAGGCAAUCACCACAACUCACUGUACACUAGUAAGAUCACACUGGAGAGACACUAUUCAUCUGCUCAGAGUUUGGAAGGGGAUUUACUCAGUAAUCCACACUGCCAACACCAGUGAGUUCACGGGUAACUGCAGUGACUGGAUUUUGCUGUUAAUCACAUCCUAGAAUGAAUGAUGUCCAUUGGGGUCUGUUUCUAUUGAUGUUAAUAAACUCUAGCCCCAGUUACAUGUGCUAAUAAUAUGAAGAAACACAAAGUAUUGAGUCUUGUUAAAUCUCUAAUACAGGCUAGUUCCUUUUGAAGGACUAUCCCUGUUAGGCUUAGAUGGGGGAGAUGGUUGGGUAAGUCAGAAACCUUCUCCCAGACCGAGCAUCAUAGAAUGCCUACAGCAUGGAAAGAAGCUAUUCUAUCGAUCAAAUCUUUACCGACCGUCUGAACAGGAUCCCACCCAGACUGAGCCUCUACGCUUAUCCCCAUAACCCCGCAGUUUUACCAUGGCUAAUCCACCUAGCCUGCAUAUCCCUAGCCACGACAAUUUAGCACAGCCAAUCUGCCUAACCUGUGCAUCUUUGCGACUGUGGGAGGAAACCGUAGCACUUAGCCGAA